AGAUGGUGGCCACACAGCAGCAGAUGAGCGACGCACAGCUGGUGCUGCAGCAGCGGGACUACUGCGCUCACUACCUCAUCCGGCUGCUCAAGUGCAAGCGCGACAGCUUCCCCAACUUCCUGGCCUGCAAGCACGAGCAGCACGACUGGGACUACUGCGAGCACCUCGACUACGUGAUGCGCAUGAAGGAGUUUGAGCGGGAACGGCGGCUGCUCCAGCGGAAGAAGCGGAGGGAGCAGAGGGAGGCGGAGGUGGCCAGAGGCCAGGGGCCCGGCGAGGUGGCCCCCGAGGUAGCCCUGUAGUGGAUCCGCCCCCACCCUGUGGACCAGUCGAUAAAUAAAAGCCUCCAGGCCCCUCAGCCGGAA